CAGUUUUUAUUUUAGUUUUAGGGCUGCCAAAGUUGCAUUUAAAAACAUUUACCAGUUUCUCAGCACAGUCUAGUGUUGUUGCUGUUCUUGUUUACUGCAGGUGCUUUGUAAAGGUUUUAUUUAUUAACCAUUCAUAUGUCUACAACAAAAACUAAUUUGCAUCCAUUUUACUUUAUUUUAGUUAGUUUUGGAGUCAUGGAAAUUUAUUUUGGUUUAUUUUUAGUAGCUCCCAGUUACGUUAAAUUGUAAUUAAAAAAAUUAAUUUAAUUUUACUUAAAAAUAACACUGUUCAGGUUUACAUUACAGCAUAUGAUGCUGGUAGGUACUGGCAAGUAAAGGCCUGGUUCAUGUGAAAUCUUAUGUGGCACAAAUAUAGAAAAUAAGUUUUUACUAUGAUGCUUUCUGAUAUGUAUGUAAGGUACAUUUAAUAAGCAAGGAAAGAUGGCUGUAAAAUAGGAUUUCCUCCUGGUUAAGACACACUGCACUAAUAUCCCUAAUUCACCUCCAAGUUGUUUAAAGAUCAAAGAACUGAAGAGAGCAGCAGGUGCCUCUCAUAUAUGUGUGACCAAUGACGUCACUUCCAUGUGACGUUUUUCAAAUGGUCCAGUCAUUGAGAGAACUAGCAAUACAGCUCUACCCUACAGAGUAACUGGGGUAUCAAGCAACCUUAAAAAUUAUGCUAUUGACUAUGAAGCAACUGUUUGAAAUGCUGGGUUUAAGUAUAUGUCCAUGGCCUGAUAACUCAGGAAAAGAACAUCUCAGUGAUUCAAAGCCAUUUCAAAUACAGGACACACUAGAACUAGGCAGUACAGUACAGUAUAUUUAGAACAGUAUAGUGAAGGAGUCGUAGGCGAAUGAUGCUGAGUCAUCAUGGUGAACAAGGCAAUCCAGCGCAUUGGAGAGCCAGGACAGGAAGUGGACACCCUAUUUUGAGCUGUCUGCUGAUUAAUUAUGCAUCAGCUAGGGAGGAGUCUAGCUACAGAUGAAGUCUGACACAAAGACGAGAUGCUGCAGUUUGAACCGACAAAUACCAAAGAUCAACACUUCCUUUAAAAGCUAAAUAUCUUUUGUGAAGGUACCUCUCUAAAACAUGACGAUGGGAGUUAGAUGGAACAACCGUGCAGCGGUUGAGAGAAACAUGUUCAUAAUGCGGAUGAUGCUGAGCCUGUUUCCUUUGGUCCUUGUGGUCUGGAAUGGUGAGGCAUUACCUGUACAAGACAAGCAAUCACAAACCAACGAGAUACUGACCAAAGACCAGAAGGACUUGUUGAAGAUGAUGACGGAUAUGGCUGAGCUGAACCUCACUAGUAAAGAACUAGCUGAUCUUGACCCUGAAUUUCUGAAUGGCAAACUGGGAGAAAAGUCUGUUUAUGAACCAACCCCUAAAUCUCCAUGCAAGCUCUUCUUCUGGAAGAGCUUCUCCUCAUGUUAAAACUGGAAAACAGAACAGACACAGAUGAGUCUGUUGAAAUCUACAGUCCUGCCUUUACAGUUUGCCAAUCUAAUCAUACAUUGUUACUGAAAUCAAUAUGUAUCCCUUGGCUUCUGCUGUUCCUGUAUUGUAUUUAAGUAGUGUUAAAAGAAUGAAACGGCUUAUUGUUUGAGGUAAAAACAAUCUCCAAAAAAUAAAGUGGCCUUUUGCAUGUACACUUUCUACUGUUUGACAUACAAGCCCAAAAUACUGUAAUAAAUGUUCUACUAAUC